CAUCUCCGGCAGGGAGUCCCUGUGCGGCCGCGCUCCCGCGGUGUCCGCAGCGGCCCGGGGGCCCGGGACGUGCGGGGCCGCGAGGCCAAGCCGGGGCGCCCCCCAGCGGCCGGCGCGGGCCCCAUGGCUGGGCGGCGCGGAGCGGAGCAGGCGAGGUGAAGCCCCAGGGCCGGCAGCCGGAGCUCGUGGCGGGGGCGCCGGCUCCAUGGGCAGCAGCGCACGGCGGCGCGAUGAUGGACGUUAACAGCAGCGGCCGGCCGGACCUCUACGGGCACCUCCGCUCUUUCCUCCUGCCCGAGGUGGGGCGCGAGCUGCCGGACCUGAGCCCCGACGGCGCCAGUCCGGUCGCGGGCUCCUGGGCGCCGCACCUGCUGCGCGGGGUCCCCGAGGUGACGGCCAGCCCCGUGCCCACUUGGGACGCGCCCCCGGACAAUGCCUCCGGCUGCUGGGAGCAGAUCAACUACGGCAGAGCCGAGAAAGUUGUGAUCGGCUCCAUCCUGACGCUCAUCACGCUGCUGACGAUCGCCGGCAACUGCCUGGUGGUGAUCUCGGUGUGCUUCGUCAAGAAGCUCCGCCAGCCCUCCAACUACCUGAUCGUGUCCCUGGCACUGGCCGACCUCUCGGUGGCUGUGGCGGUCAUGCCCUUCGUCAGCGUCACCGACCUCAUCGGAGGCAAGUGGAUCUUUGGCCACUUCUUCUGCAACGUCUUCAUCGCCAUGGACGUCAUGUGCUGCACAGCUUCGAUCAUGACCCUGUGCGUGAUCAGCAUCGACAGGUACCUUGGGAUCACGAGGCCGCUAACGUACCCUGUGAGGCAGAAUGGGAAAUGCAUGGCGAAGAUGAUCCUCUCCGUCUGGCUUCUUUCCGCCUCCAUCACUUUACCCCCGCUCUUCGGAUGGGCUCAGAAUGUCAACGAUGACAAGGUGUGCUUGAUCAGCCAGGAUUUUGGCUACACGAUUUACUCCACCGCAGUGGCAUUUUAUAUCCCCAUGUCCGUCAUGCUUUUCAUGUACUACCAGAUUUACAAGGCCGCCAGGAAGAGCGCCGCCAAACACAAGUUCCCCGGCUUCCCUCGCCUGGAGGAGCCGGAGAGCAUCAUCGCCCUGAACGGCAUGGUGAAGCUCCAGAAGGAGGUGGAGGAGUGUGCAAACCUUUCGAGACUGCUCAAACACGAAAGGAAAAACAUCUCCAUCUUUAAGAGGGAACAGAAAGCAGCCACCACCCUGGGGAUCAUCGUCGGGGCCUUCACCGUGUGCUGGCUGCCGUUUUUCCUCCUCUCGACAGCCAGACCCUUCAUCUGUGGCACUGCCUGCAGUUGCAUCCCGCUGUGGGUGGAGCGGACAUUUCUGUGGCUGGGCUAUGCAAACUCUCUCAUUAACCCUUUUAUAUAUGCCUUCUUCAACCGGGACCUGAGGACCACCUAUCGCAGCCUGCUCCAGUGCCAAUACCGGAACAUCAACCGGAAGCUCUCCGCUGCCGGCAUGCAUGAGGCUCUGAAGCUUGCUGAGAGGCCGGAGAGACCCGAGUUUGUGCUGUAAGACAAAACUCUGACUACUGUAGAAAAAAAAGUCAUGACUCAUGAUGAAAAGUGGAAUAAUGGAGACGAAAUAAAAAAGGCGAGACAGGUGGAAACGGGACGAAUCAUUCGCUGAGACUACGGAACGGAACUCGGCUUCUGUCCUUUCUUGGGAUGGCUAAAACGUGACAAGCAGGGUGAUCUGUCGUACAAAGUGUAUUAGGAGGGAGAUGGUGACCUCUCCUUUUUUUCUGUGGAUCCGUGCUAUUGUGUGCAAAUGAAAAUAGUUCUCGGUUUGAGACAGCCAGGUCAGCCCAGCCGUAAGCGCACCUGCAGAACUGAGUUCCAGAAAGGAAACGGUUUCUGGGGCUUUGCUUAUGUCUGAGUCCAGGGAAGUGGAAGAAACUUCCAAUGCACACUUCCCAUGCUUCUGAGUGGAAGCAUUGUGGUGGAUAUUCAGGAAUCGUUCAUGAGACAGAAUGUCUCUUGUUGUAGGACAGAAGGGAGGGUGUUUUUCCAAGCAAACCGCGGUAAGCCUAGUGGCGAAUAUGUUGCAUGUCCAUGUUAGAAAACAGAAUCCCGUCAUCAGCUAAUACAAAUGAUUUCCCAGAGUAGUGUCUGUUUAAAGCUUCUGUCAAACAGUUUGGCUUUUUUGCAGGGUCCCUGUGACUUCCCCAACAACGCACUUUCUUUGUUAAGUUACUUCUUGUUAUGGUCAAACUCAGGAACAGAUCUCAGGAUGGAGAGAAUCAUAAAACCAGAAGAAAGCUUUUUCUCGCACUCACACUUCUUCUGAGGGGUCCUGAGAGGCGAGGAGGAUUCCUUCUGGGAGGAUUUUUACUUGGGCAGAGAGCGAGUGCUACCUAACUGCACUGUACAUUAACGUGAUUACUGGCACAGAACUUUUGACUGUCGUUUACCUGUGGGUGCAGUGGGCCCACGGGCUGGUCCGUAAGUGUGUGUUUUUUGUAUGGACGUAUGGGAAUAGUGGUGUUUCCAUGAAAGGUUGUGAUGCUUCUGGAGAUGGAGCAUCAACAUAUUAAUUCUCUUUGAGCAGCUUUGUAUGAAACUGAAUUGGGUGAAUCCGAGGUUACCUGGGCCUCUGCUGGGAAACGCUCCAGAAUACCAUUCUGUUCCUUCUAGAGGAUUUGUUUGUGUGUUCUCUGUAUCUUAAAUCAAAUGUGUGCCUGGCCAAUUCUGUUCUUCUCCCGUCUCCCUCUCCAAAGUGGUAGAUAUUAAGGGCAGGUAAGGAAACAGAAAAGGUCCCUUUGCAGACAGUAUUUUUUUAAGAAAUGGUACUGUGAUACAUAUGCGCGAAAGAGAUAGAAAGACAUUAGAGCAGAAAAGAAUACCUCUAAGGGGAAAAAAAAGAAUACAAACCUUCAUUUGAUAAAAGAGAACUGAAAGAGAAUGUUAUUUUCCUACAAUAAAGGUAGCUGUUCUCUCGCAGGACAAUGUGGAAUUCCGACGUGGAUUAUGGAUUUCUUUCAACUGUCGCUGACAUUGCUUCUUACAAGACACAGGGGAGGGGCUGCCUGUCCUGGACGGGGAGGUGGGCACUGUCCUGGCAGACAAAGCUUGUACAAAUUCCUGAACCGCAGAUUUGCUAAAGUGACUGUAUAUACUUAGAUUCAUAAUUUAAAUGAUUAAUUCUGGUCAGAUAAAUGUUGUUAAAUUUGGAACUGUUUUAUUACAUUACAUCAAAUAAAGUUUAUUUAUAGCUGUAAUAAAGCAACUUCAGUAA